CUUCUCCAUAGAAGAUCAAAGAGGAUCAUGGAGCUUCACUACCUCAACAUUAUUUUCACAAUCUUCAUUCUCUUAUCUCUAUUUCCUCAAUAUCUCCAUUGCCAACAACAAUUCCUCAAUGAAACUGUCUUUGACUGCUCCAGCAACCCUUCCACACCAAAAGGGUACCUGUGCAAUAGUCCUAAAAAAUCAUGCACUUCCUUCUUAGUUUACAGGUCCAAACCUCCCUAUAACACCCCUCAAACCAUUGCAAAUCUUCUUGCUUCUGAAGAAUCCACAGUAUCCUCCAUCAACAAAAUUUCAAGUAAUAAAAAAAUUCCUACCAACAAAUCAAUCAUUGUUCCUGUGUCUUGCUCCUGUUCUGGAAAUAUUUAUCAACACAAUGCUUUUUACACAGUCAAUAAGGAUGACACAUAUUUCAUGUUAGUGAACACUACUUACCAAGGCCUCACAACAUGCCAGGCUUUGAUGGGACAGAACUACUAUGCUUCUGUCAACAUUGCCAUUGGUGCUCAGCUCACAGUUCCCAUGCUAUGUGCUUGUCCAACUGCAAACCAAACAGCAAAAGGCGUGACAUCAUUGCUCGUUUACUCGCUUGGCGAAGGCGACACAAUCAAGUCAAUAGGAGAGACUUAUGGUGUUGAUGAACAAAGUAUUCUUGAUGCCAAUGAGCUGAACCAGACAUCAAAUGGAAACAGAAGCUUGAGCCUUAUGGCGAGGACUCCGAUUUUGAUUCCAUUGAGGGGUAAGAGCUGCAAAGAUGAUCCAGAGAGUUUCUAUUGUACAUGUUCUCAGGGAGAUGUCACAAAUUCAAGCCUCAUAGGACUCAACUGUGAAGAAUCAGAUGGUCAAAAAUUUCCUGCUAAAUUGGUUGCAGCACUAGGUGUUGGCAUUGGUGCUGGCUUUCUCUGUUUGUUUCUUCUUGGUUAUAAGCUGUACCAAUGCAUACAGAAAAAGAGAGAAAAACUUCAUAAAGAAAAGCUGUUCAAGCAAAAUGGUGGCUACUUGCUACAAGAGAAGGUCUCAUCUUAUACAAAUGGACAAAGGACAAAGCUUUUUACCGAGGAGGAGCUGAAGAGAGCAACAGAUAACUACAACCAGAGUAGGUUCCUUGGUCAAGGCGGCUUUGGCACGGUCUACAAAGGAAUGUUACCAGACGGAACCAUAGUCGCCGUUAAGAGAUCAAAAGAGAUGGAAAGGAACCAGAUACAGACUUUUGUCAAUGAAGUUGUGAUUCUAUCACAGAUUAACCACAGGAACAUUGUUAAACUCUUGGGGUGUUGUCUUGAGACAGAAGCACCAUUACUUGUCUAUGAAUUUAUUCCAAAUGGAACACUUUCUGACCAUAUUCAUGUGAAAGAGGACGAGUCAUCAUCGCUUUCAUGGGAUGGCCGCCUUCGAAUUGCUUGUGAGGUAGCUGGAGCAGUGGCCUAUAUGCAUUCUGCAGCUUCUGUUCCUAUCUUCCAUAGAGACAUCAAACCUUCAAACAUACUCCUAGACAGCAACUACAGUGCUAAAGUUUCUGAUUUUGGAACAUCUAAAUCACUUCCAUUGGAUAAUACUCACUUGACAACUGCAGUAAGAGGAACUUUUGGGUACAUAGAUCCUGAGUAUUUUCAGUCCAAUCAAUAUACAGAUAGAAGUGAUGUGUAUAGUUUCGGAGUUGUACUUGUUGAGCUCAUAACUGGGAGGAAACCACUUUCAUUGUUACAAGAUGAGGGUCAGCAUCUGAUAGCAGAAUUCAUUUCUCUGAUGAAGGAGAACCAGCUUUCUGAAAUUCUGGAUGCCAAAGUGCUCAAGGAAGCAAGGGAAGAUCACAUUCUUGCCAUUGCAAAUCUUGCAAUGAGAUGCUUGAGACUCAGUGGGAAGAAAAGACCAACCAUGAAAGAAGUUUCAGCGGAACUAGAAGCAUUGAGAACAGCACAGAGUUCCGUACUUAUCGACCUUGACCGCAUCUCGCCUGAAGAUGGUGGAUCACCUAGCCACACCACCAGGGGACCAAUUCAAGAAUCUGGAGAGGAAAGCAUUUUGGUAUCCCUACAAAUGGAGUCCACAUCCUUCUAAGAUGCCUGAUUGACACCCCAGAUAUCUGUUCAUGAAAAUGUUGGCUACAUCAUAGAGAAAACCCUUCAGUUGUAUAUGUAUUUGGUUAUGACAGAGAAAUUUUUUUCAAA